CUUACAAAAACCAACCAUAUCUCUACACCGCUCCUGAAUCUCUCUGUUUCUAUUUAGGGUUUCAGAUUCUCUUAUAUUAUAGGCAAAGAAAAGUACACGGCUGAUUCUAGUCUAAAACUGCAAUAUACUCCAGUAUCUGGCGAUCGGAUCUUUCUGGGCCGAAUCAGAUCAUCUGAUCCGAUCCUGCUGUGAGAUUUCGAUGAUUUAACCGGAGAUCCGUUAUUCUUGAAUAUUUUUGCGUCUAAUCAUACCGAAACGUGUUUCUGAUUCAUAGCGAUAUUUUUGAAUGCGAUUUCUCAACUCAAUGAGUCUAGUAGCUUAAAUAUUUUGGCACUGAUAUCCAGACUGCCCUAUAUAGAUGAUAUGCAACAGCUGUAUAAAGAGUGUGGCCUUUCAAGCUUUCAAUAUAGGAAUACUCUCCAAAAGAAGUGUGCAAGUUGGCAGUACAACAAGGAGUUUACAUGCCAGUCGUGGUUUAAUCUAUACGUGGAAUAGAGGAUUUAAAACAAUUCUAAGAAUGAUGGUUGAUUCUAGUGCAACAGAGAAAUGGGCAGCUAUAGCUGAUAUCUUGCCAGAGGAAAAUGAUGACAGAGGAUAUAUCAGUGGAGGGUGGAAAAGUGAAGAUGGUAAAUUGAGCUGUGGAUACUCAAGUUUCAGGGGAAAGAGAGUGACCAUGGAGGAUUUCUUUGAUGUUAAAAACUCCAAGAUCAAUGGGCAAAGGGUCUGCAUGUUUGGAAUAUUUGAUGGCCAUGGUGGUUCUCGGGCUGCUGAGUAUCUGAAGGAACACCUAUUUGAGAACCUAAUGAAGCAUCCUCAAUUUAUGACUGAUACCAAAUUGGCCAUAAGUGAAACAUAUCAACAAACUGAUGUAGACUUUUUGGAUUCUGAAAGAGAUACUUUCCGGGAUGAUGGCUCCACGGCGUCGACAGCAGUUUUGGUUGGCAACCAUCUUUAUGUUGCCAAUGUAGGAGAUUCACGCACUGUGAUAUUGAAGGACGGGAAAGCAAUCCCUCUAUCUGAAGAUCAUAAACCGAACAGAAUUGAUGAGCGUAAGAGAAUCGAGAGUGCUGGGGGCAUAAUAAUGUGGGCAGGCACCUGGAGAGUAGGAGGUGUACUUGCUAUGUCUCGUGCUUUCGGUAACCGGAUGUUGAAGCAAUUUGUUGUUGCUGAACCUGAGAUCCAGGAGCGGGAGAUAGAUGAAGAAUUUGAAUUGCUUGUGCUUGCAAGUGAUGGAUUAUGGGAUGUGGUACCCAAUGAGGAUGCUGUUUCACUUGCUCAAACCGUGGAGGAACCUGAGGCUGCUGCUCGGAAGUUGGCGGAAGCUGCUUUCACUCGUGGAAGUGCCGACAACAUAACAUGUAUUGUAGUGAAAUUUCACCAUGACAAGGCAGGACCAGCUGAUCCACAGCAUAAUUAGAGAAGUACCGCAUAUUGUUCCUGUCUGGAUUAUCCUUAUACCUAUUUAGGAUUUUGACCAUUAAAUCUCACAGGCAUGAUAUCUGAAUAUGCCCAUUUGAACAUCAUCAAUUUGUUUAUUCAUUUCUUUCGUUCUUUCUAUUAUGUUCUAUGGUCUUCUUUAAAGAAACGGACUACGUUCUGUUUUGUUCCAAAAUUUGUUUGUAUAUAUCUACGUUGUCUACAAAGCUGCUGUUAGUGAUAAGUAGAUGCUUUAGGGA